AUGGAGAUGGAGUCCCGAGAUGGUGGUUCUGUAUUUGCCCACAUUCCUAAGGUUCCUGAAGUACCACUUUAUGCGUUGCAGGUUGCUUAUGGCAAAGACCUGAGUCCCCUGAAGCUGAAUUUGGGCUUUGGUGUUUAUAGAACAGAGGAUGGGAAGCCUUUUAUUUUGAAUGUAGUUAGAAGAGUGGAGCGCUUACUAGUUAAUGACAUGUCCAAUUUUAAGGAGUAUCUUCCCAUUACCGGAAUCGCAGAAUUCAACAGAUGGAGUGCUAGACUCAUUUUGGGUGCUGACAGCGCUGCUAUUAAGGAGACUAGAGUCACCACUGUCCAAUGCUUGUCUGGUACUGGCUCAUUGAGGAUCGGAGCUGAGUUUUUAGCAAAACAUUACCCCCAACACCAUACAGUGUACAUGUCCCAGCCAACAUAUGGAAACCACCCAAAUUUGUUCUCUGUGGCAGGGCUAGCAAUAAAAACUUAUCGUUACUAUGACCCAGAAACAUGUGGACUGGACUUUCAAGGCAUGUUGGAAGAUCUCCAAUCAGCCCCAUCCGGAGCUAUCGUGCUUCUCCAAGCAUGUGCUCAUAACCCUACUGGUGUUGAUCCAACUAUUCCACAGUGGGAGCAGAUAAGACAAUUGAUGAGAUCAAAAGGGUUGUUACCUUUCUUUGAUUCUGCUUAUCAGGGUUUUGUCAGUGGAAAUCUGGAUGACGAUGCCCAAUCUAUUCGUCUAUUUGUUGCUGAUGGCAGCGAAUGCCUUAUAGCCCAAUCAUAUUCGAAGAUUAUGGGGCUUUAUGGUGAACGUGUUGGUGCACUCAGCAUUGUUUGCAAGACAGCAGAAGUGGCUAGCCAUGUUGAAAGCCAGCUGAAACUUGUGAUCAGGCCCAUGUAUUCUAACCCACCCAUUCAUGGGGCAGCCAUUGCGGCUGCCAUCCUAAAGGACAGGGAUUUGUACAAUGAAUGGAGUAUAGAAGUGAAGGCAAUGAAUGACCGCCUUAUUAGCAUGCGCCAACACCUAUUCGAUGCACUGUGUGAUAAAGGUACUCCUGGUGACUGGAGUCACAUAACCAAACAUGUGGGAAUGUUUACUUUCUCUGGAUUGAACCCUGAACAAGUUGCAUUCAUGACAAAAGAGUACCAUAUCUACAUGCCAUCUGAUGGGAGGAUUAACAUGGCGGGUCUUGGUACUAAGACAGUUCCUCAUCUUGUAGAUGCAAUACAUGCAGCUGCCUCGACAAUCGCGAAAUAUGGUCGGACUGAGACGCAGUCCACACCUCUCAACCUCGAAGCACGUGCCAACCAUAACAUCCAGUGGGCUAUGUCCACGUAUCUUGUUUUGGACAGCUAUCUCCAAAACGGUUUUCCACGUCGCUCGACUGACAGCUUCAAUCCAACGGCAAGAAGCAAUGCCCCGGAUGAAAUCAACGAUGACCCGUGGUUCACAUCACCUGACGCCCAUAGUUCUUCUCCUGCCUUUUCUUCUUCUUCUUCUUCAAGCAGCAGUGAUCGGAGGAUCAACGCUCUCGUGCGUCACCUUGAUUCGUCUGCCAUGGAUCCUAACAACAACAGCUCAAUCUCUGCUUCGCCAACUUCGGCACAUGCCAAUUCUGUCUUCGCUCACGUCGUUCGCGCCCCUGAGGAUCCAAUCCUCGGGGUGACUGUUGCAUACAACAAAGAUCCGAGCCCGGCUAAGUUGAAUUUGGGUGUUGGUGCUUAUCGAACUGAGGAAGGAAAACCACUUGUUCUGAAUGUAGUGAGGAAAGCAGAACAGCUGCUUGUUAAUGACAGGUCUCGCGUUAAGGAAUAUCUGCCUAUUGUUGGACUGGCAGAUUUCAAUAAACUGAGUGCUAAGCUGAUUCUUGGUGCUGACAGUCCUCCUAUUCAAGAGAACCGGAUUACUACUGUCCAAUGUCUGUCAGGAACUGGCUCAUUGAGAGUUGGAGGUGAAUUUUUGGCAAAGCAUUAUCAUGAACGCACAAUAUACAUACCCCAGCCAACAUGGGGAAACCACACAAAAAUUUUCACUCUGGCAGGGUUGUCUGUGAAAAGUUACCGAUAUUAUGAUCCAGCAACGCGUGGCCUCAACUUCCAAGGCCUCUUAGAAGACCUUCGUUCUGCCCCAGCUGGAGCAAUUGUACUUCUCCAUGCAUGUGCUCAUAACCCCACUGGUGUUGAUCCAACCCUUGAGCAGUGGGAGCAGAUCAGACAGCUUGUGAGAUCAAGAGGAUUAUUACCAUUCUUUGACAGUGCUUAUCAGGGUUUUGCUAGUGGAAGUUUGGAUGCAGAUGCAGCGUCUGUUCGUAGGUUUGCUGCUGAUGGUGGAGAGUGCCUCAUAGCUCAAAGUUACGCGAAAAACAUGGGGCUCUACGGAGAACGUGUUGGUGCCCUAAGCAUUGUCUGCAAGACUGCUGAUGUUGCAAGUAAGGUUGAGAGCCAACUGAAGCUUGUGAUCAGGCCCAUGUAUUCAAACCCACCCAUUCACGGUGCAUCUAUUGUAGCCACCAUUCUCAAGGAUAGGGACUUGUUCGACGAAUGGACAAUUGAGUUGAAGGCAAUGGCUGACCGUAUCAUCAGCAUGCGACAUCAACUGUUUGAAUCCUUGCGUGCCAAGGGCACACCUGGUGACUGGAGCCACAUCAUCAAGCAGAUUGGAAUGUUUACCUUCACAGGAUUGAACUCCGAGCAAGUUGCUUUCAUGACUAAAGAGUACCAUAUCUACAUGACAUCUGAUGGGAGGAUUAGCAUGGCUGGUCUGAGUUCGAGGACCGUCCCCCAUCUUACAGAGGCAAUACAUGCAGCUGUUACUCGCGUUGCCUAA